AUGUGCCCUCAAGCCUUCAUCCCGGAAUUAGCUUGGUUUAAAGUGAUGUUAUACGUGGCAACCAACUCCUCGGAAGAUCUCUUUCGUAUGGCAUGUGUGUGCCGAUUGUUCAAUACGUUGGCAAACACUCCACAAGUGUGGAACACAAUUUCAAUGGAAAAGUACCAAGACCAUCCUAACUGGUACUAUGCGCAGCGCAGGCAGGGUAAUGUGGAAGCAUUGUCUGGGAUGCGCGUUGCAGCCACGGCAGGCCAUAUGGAAGCGUCAUAUCUAGUUGGACUACUUGGCAUGUCCGGAAUUGGUCAGUCAAAAGAGGAUGCAUUAGAAUUCUUGUGUUCUUUGAAUCAACGUAACAACAUUGAUAUGAAAGGAACCAGGGAUGCUUUGAGACGACGAUUAAGCGGAAUUUUCUCUGUUGGAAGACAUAUCGUAGAUAUGUUUCACUAUGGGAAGAUUAAGUUCAAUCAGUGCAGCGCUUGUAACAACAACGACUGGUGUUUUGUUAUUCCAGGCUGGCCUAGUGAAGAAAAGAUCAAUCCUGCCUUCUGGACUUGUUGCAAUCGAUGCAAAUGGCACCGUGAGAGUGUUUUUUGGUUCAAGGUGAUGCGUGUCUAUGUUGUGCCAGGGAAUCCAUACCCUUAUAAUUAG